GACGGGGGAGCUGGGGGAGGAGACGAGAGAGGACGAGGGCCCGAGCGAGCGAGAGGCGAAGAGAGGAGGGUCGAAUGCUAUUUGCUUCGUAAAAGCCCGAGGAGACGUUCAGCGAUUCUAGUUCUUUUUCCUGGCUCCGCUCCGCUCCUUUCCGCUCCUCCUCCUCCUUCUUCCAUCAUCACCCCCACCCCUCCGAUCCCCUUACGACUGCUCCUACUUUACUACCUCCUCUAUCCACCCUGUGCUGCUGGUCUGAUUGCUCGAGUAGCAGCAGCUGGCCCGUCUGUCCCUCUAUCUCUCCUUCUGUGUCUGGUGGUGGUGUGCGUCUUGUGCGUGGGUGCUUUUUUUUCGUCACUUCCUCCGUCUUUCUUCUCUGUACUGCUGGAGAGAUCUUCGCCAUCUUUUCCUUUUUCCUUCUCCUCCUUCCAUCUGUUCUACAACUCCUCCUGGUGGUGGUCAUUGUUUUGUAUCGUACGCGGAAUUGUCGAGAUGACUGUCUGAAGAACAAGGGCAAAGGCCGGACGGGACUCGGAGAGAGAGCGAGAGCGAGCGAGAGAGAGAGACAGAGGUUUAGGCCGCUUCGUCUUUGGAACUUUGUGUGUUCUGGUGUUGGCGCGGGAUAUCGGGGCGCCUAAUGAUCCGCUGAGCAAGAACCUUCAGACGAGUAGGCAAUCACGGUGCUUGGGCUUGGUCGCAGGGUGGACGGCGGUGGUGUGUGCGGUGGGUGAGGUGAGGGUGAUAGCUCUGUUCGGAGCCGGUGGGAAGAAUUUUUUUAAAUCUUAUCGGCGGAGGUUGGCUAAUUUAUGGCUCGUGGCAGCUGCUGCCCGGGGUUUUGAAGUGAGAGGUACGGGAGUUGAGUGUUAGACGCACUGCCGUCUUAUUUUGCACGGGUCGUCUGGAGGGAGCCCUCUGCGCCCCUAUUGUUGGCUUCGAUCUUCUCCUCGAGAAUCUAUUUCAUCAGCAGUGUUGCCCCUCUUCACCAUUUCUCUGGAUGCGGAGUUUUUCUUGCAUCUGGUGUGAGCUGAAACAAGUUACUGCGUUCUCAAAGACUUAUCUUCUUCCGCUGUGCGUCAUUCGUCAAUAAUCGCAGAGUUUUGGUGGUGGUGUCUUACUUGCGGUCGAGAAUUAUUGACUAGAUUGAUUCCUGGCACAUCUGUCUCCCAAUUUUGGCCAGCGAGCUAGUUUACCAGCACUGUCUUCCCACGUCAGUUUCGGAGGUCUUAUCAAACCUUCUGUCACGAGAAGAUCUCGAGUUACGACUACCCCUUGAGGUGGAGGAUUUUGACUCGUGUUCACCCUGCUCUUCUUUACUUUUAUGGGUACAGCUUAAGUCCCGUUUGUGAUAUCGAGACCAUAUCAAUCCUCACAGAGAGUCACGUUUUAUUGGUAUUCUCUGUAAUUCUCUGGGGAGCUAAUCUGACAGACAGCUUCUAGAUCCCCUUUAAAGUUAGGAUAUAUUAGGUCAAUUCCGUUAUGUGAAGAGCUCUUCCUCCCGUAAGCCGCUGCGCUCUGCCGGACGUUCUUUGAUCCUUCAUCAGUUUCCUCCUGCUGGUUUGCUGCCUGACAUAUUUACAACUCGGCGUGACCGCCCUUGUUACGACUCAUACGAAACUACCGGGAUUUUGUGGAAUCACUGGAAUUGAAUACAGAGAUUGAAUCUGGAUACUUGCCUGGUUAUGCACUCCUUGUUUCUAAAAGGAUCGAUCCAGUACAGGUCCAUUGCGAACGACUCGUAACUGAAACGGAUAGUCUACUGGUCCGAGCGCACAAUUCUGUCCCGCUUCAAAGGGGCCUGUCGACUUACCCGGUUUCAGCUGAGGGUGAUUUGGAGGAAUUCAAGCAAACAAUCGAUCUUGACAAUUCACACCUGACUAGGUUCUGUACAUUUAUUAGAAAGAUAGAAGAAAGAGAGACUUCCGGCUGCGCCUCCCUGUACAACGUGUCCAUAUAGCAGGUACUAGACGUUCUUGAGGUUUCAGCGUGCUCCGGAUUACUUUGUGACGAACACUGUAUAGAUUAGAGUAAAGAAAGUCAAGGAGACCCAUGGAGAAGAGGAAAGCUCAGGUGCCCUUGGUGUGCCAUGGUCACUCGCGACCCAUCGUGGAUCUGUCCUACAGUCCAAUCACCCAGGAUGGCUUCUUCCUAGUGAGCGCCAGCAAAGAUGGAAAGCCAAUGCUGCGCAACGGGGAGACUGGAGAUUGGAUAGGAACCUUCGACGGCCAUAAGGGUGCUGUAUGGGGAGCGUGUCUUGACACUCCAGCACUUCACGCUGCAACUGCUUCUGCGGAUUUCAGCGCGAGAGUGUGGGACGCAUUAACAGGAGAUGAGUUACAGUCUUUUGAACACAAGCACAUUGUUCGAACUUGUGCCUUCUCAGAGAGCACAACUUAUCUUCUGACAGGAGGGGCAGAAAAAAUUUUACGAAUUUUUGACCUCAACCGGCCAGAUGCCCCGCCAACUGAGAUUGAUGGGUCUCCAGGAACAAUACGUGCAGCUGUAUGGCAUCACAGUGACCAAACUAUUUUGAGUUCUUCAAAUGAUACGGGAGGUAUAAAGGUAUGGGAUGUCCGAACCAAAACCGUGGUCCGGAAUCUUGAGACAAAGUCUCCUUGUACAUCUGUGGAAGUAAGCCGUGACGGCUGCUAUAUCACUACUGCCGAUGGUAACACGGUCAAGUUUUGGGAUGCCAACCAUUUCGGGUUGGUCAAGAGCUACACGAUGCCGAGACCCGUGGAGUCUGCAUCUUUGUAUCCUACUCGGGGCAAAUUUAUAGCUGGAGGUGAUGAUAUGUGGGUCCGCCUCUUUGACUUCGACACUGGAGAGGAAAUUGAGUGCAACAAAGGUCACCACGGUCCAGUCCACUGCGUCCGGUUUUCGCCUGGCGGCGAAUCAUAUGCUUCUGGUUCCGAAGAUGGAACCAUCCGCAUCUGGCGAACUAUUGGACCUGGCUCAGAGGAUUUCGAGGUAGGGGGUGAGAACAGGAUCAGGGUGGGUGUUGAGGAAGUCACCAGGAAAGUCGAGGGCUUUCAUAUACACGCGGACGGAAGUACAGAUAAUGGGUUCAAGCAGUGAGAGAACAAGUAUUGUUUGCGAACAAGUAAUGCUUGCCCAGUUCUACGAUGUUCGUGUUUUAAAGUGGGUUGGCAGUGGUAUGUUUUUCUCGAUGGCAACGAUCAUGAUGGUUUUGGGGUGUCAGCUCUGAAUAUUGAACUGGACAUCUAACCUGGAUGCCUCACCUCCGUGAUGGUGGUUUUCAUUCAUUUAAGGUUGAGGCAUCCAGAUUAUUGAGAGUUCAUACCCCCUCCUUCCUUAAACUGCUCAUAUACAUGGUUUACGGCUGAAUGACCAUCACAUCCUACUUGACUGUAUCGGGAUUCUUGAUGGUCUUGAGACCAGCGGGCUUCUGGUAUUUGUCUCCAUGGUUUUACUCGAAAGGAGAUUCCUUAACAGACUUUGUAGCUCAUCGUGUCCACCAAAGCUCCAAUACACACCUGCGAUUUGCACAGAGUUGUGAAGUACAUGCUCUACACUCGGGACUUGCUCCUGAAGCUUGCUCCUUUUUGCUACGAUGAAAGUUUGUACUAAGCGGGCUCUUAUUGCGUUACUGAGUGGUGUCACUCACCCAGUACAUGAAAUCUUUUCUGCAGGCUCAGCAUCCUUCUAUGUAGAGAUUGUAGAGGUUUUAAAAGGUGGCCGCAAAGGCAGCAUGUGUGUUGGGUAGUUGUUUCAGAAUCAGCUGAUUCAAGUCACUUGUCUUGACCGGGAAGUUUACUUGCCUGCUAGCUCAGGCUAGCACAGCCUGGGAAGUUCAUUCUCUUAGGCAAUGGAUGGAUGGGUUCCGGAGUUUUUAAUUGUGACAUGCUUUUACAAACGUAGUUGCAUCUGGUGUAGUUGUACUUGCAGCUAGAAUUGAAGAUCACGGGAAGACUUGGCAUUCAGUUCAGUUUGACCAAGGCCCCAAGGCUUGUACCUGCCUGUUCUUUGAUUUUCUAUCUAAAUGACAGCUCCCUUCCUACCUAAUAAAGAAUCGGAAAGCAUGGUG